UUCUGAAGCCACCAUCAGACUUUAGACCUACUCUACACGUGUCCCUUUUCUUCUUCUUCUUCUUCAUCUUCUUCUUCCUCUCUUAAUAAUUCUUGAAAAUUCUUUCAACCCAACUAAGUAAAGGGUGUUGGAGAAAAUAAUUUUUAGUUUUAUUUUUUAGCAAAUAACCGUGGUUUUACACCUAUAAAAGCUUGGACUAGGAGUCUUUGUUUCAAGUCUGAGUCUUGUCAAUAACUAAAGAUUGGAAUUUUAUAUCUUCUUUUUUACCAAAACCCAAAUCUUCUUCUUCUUUUUAUUGUUGGAGUUAGUUUUUUUUUUUUUUUUUAAAUUGGGAUAUAUCAUCAUGUCAAAGAGUAUAUUGGUGACAGGGGGAGCAGGGUAUAUUGGGAGUCAUACAGUGUUGCAAUUACUGCUUGGUGGCUACAAAACUGUUGUGAUUGAUAAUUUGGAUAAUUCUUCUGAAAUUGCUAUCAAAAGGGUUCAGGAACUUGCUUCUCAAUAUGGCCCUAACCUUUCCUUUCAUAAGGUGGAUCUACGUGAUAAGCCUGCAAUUGAGGAGAUUUUCCGGUCUAACAAAUUUGAUGCUGUUAUCCAUUUUGCUGGACUAAAAGCAGUAGGUGAAAGUGUCCAGAAACCUUUGAUGUAUUUUAACAACAACCUUAUAGGAACAAUUACUCUGCUGGAAGUCAUGGCAGCACAUGGAUGCAAAAGGCUUGUGUUUUCGUCGUCAGCUACUGUUUAUGGUUGGCCAAAAGAGGUUCCUUGUACCGAGGAAUUCCCCCUGAGUGCUGCAAAUCCUUAUGGACGGACAAAGCUCUUCAUUGAAGAAAUAUGCCGUGAUGUACGAUCCUCUGACUCCGAAUGGAAAAUCAUAUUGCUGCGGUACUUUAAUCCUGUUGGUGCUCAUUCAAGUGGCCACAUUGGUGAAGAUCCGCGUGGAAUUCCCAACAACCUUAUGCCCUUUGUUCAACAAGUUGCUGUAGGCAGAAGACCGGCGCUGACAGUUUAUGGAACUGAUUAUGCAACAAAGGAUGGUACAGGGGUCCGUGAUUACAUUCAUGUUGUGGAUUUAGCAGAUGGACACAUAGCUGCCUUGCAGAAGCUAUCCGAUCCUUCCAUAGGCUGUGAAGUGUACAACUUGGGAACCGGAAAAGGAACUUCAGUCUUGGAAAUGGUGGCUGCAUUUGAGAAGGCAUCAGGAAAGAAAAUUCCAUUGGUGAUGUCUGGUCGACGGCCUGGGGAUGCUGAAAUUGUAUACGCUGCUACAGAGAAAGCAGAACGCGAAUUAAAGUGGAAGGCGAAAUAUGGCAUCGAAGAGAUGUGCAGAGAUCAGUGGAACUGGGCUAGUAAGAAUCCCUAUGGUUAUGAAGGAAUUCCAGAAUCAAAUUGUCACUGAAGUCAAACUGCAUAAUUUAUCAUACAAUUAUUCUGCCAAUCAGUGGCCAUAAGUCUUUUAAGGGAUGAUUUAGAAUAUACUAAGUAUUAGGAUUGUAGAGGGGAUGGGAAUGUUUAUAUUAUCUUAGCUUAAAGUUUCAAAAUGUAAGUGGAGUUCUCAUUAUUUAGUGAAAGAUAAAAAGGGGUAAAGUUGAUGAAUAAUAGCUUGUUCAGUUUAAGCUUAUAGCAGUAUUUCAUUUGUUCUUUCAUUCCUUUCCUUGUAAUUAUCAGCAUUUUAGUCUUCUUA